CGCUCUCGACCCCAGAGACUCGUGUUUGCCAAACUAACUUUAUUCAUGUGACGACGGCUUCUCUCGGGAAAGCGCUGGAGAUUUCCGCUGGUUUUCGUCGUUUCCAGCUGACAAAAUGACUUACAGAUAGACCGAGCCGAACGCGAGGAAAGUGGAUCAGCAUGUUUACCGCUCAGAGGACACGGUUUGCUUAGUAGCCUAUCAUAUCAUUUAAUGAGGACGCCACAGCAAUGACAGAGUCGGAAUCCGAGUCAUGGAGUGUGUAACCGUGUUUCCAGAGCAGACGGUCAGUCAGCUGAAGGCUGUUUGGCAGAGAUGGGCUCAGUGACCUCAGCUUUCACCAGGUCUCGCAACACGUUGGUAAAAGUGGGUUCGGAGCCGCAGAAAGAUCCGGACGGGAAAACGCGGAGCGGGUCCGGUGUGAUCGCAAAGCAAACUAGCAAACAGGAGCGGAAGCGGAAAACAACCGGCGCCUCCAGAGCAAACACACCUGCGUCUGCUACAGUGGCUAAUGAGGAUGGGGAGACCAACAGCAGGCCGCUGGCGAGAUUUGCACGCUCAAAGUCUCAGAGUGCACUACUGAACACACUCACUGCUGGGACGUGCAAGAAGGAGAAGGUCAAAGUUCAGAGCGACGUUCCAGACGAUCCACGCAGAAUAGAAGAGAUCCUGGCGGAUGAGCUUCCCUCUUCAGACGUCCCAGAAGCAACAGAGAAAACUGCUGUCAGAUUACGAUGUUUGGUAAAACAGUUGGAGAGAGGAGAGGCGUCUCUCGUGGACCUGAAGAAAAACCUGGAAUAUGCUGCCACUGUUUUGGAAUCGGUCUAUAUUGAGGAAACAAGGCGAUUGGUCGAUACCGAGGAUGAGCUCAGCGAUAUCCAAUCAGAUUCCGUGCCGUCAGAGGUCCGUGAUUGGCUGGCCUCCACCUUCACGCGGCAGAUGGGCCUGAUGCUACGACGGACCGAAGAGAAGCCGCGAUUUCGCAGCAUCGUACACGCAGUGCAGGCUGGGAUAUUCGUGGAGAGAAUGUACCGGAGAACCUCUAACAUGGUGGGACUGAGUUACCCUCCAUCUGUCAUAGCAGUGCUUAAGAGUGUGGAUAAGUGGUCUUUUGAUGUAUUUGCUCUGAACGAGUCGAGCGGUGACCACGCUCUCAAAUUCAUCUUUUACGAGCUCCUCACCCGAUACGACCUCAUCAGCCGCUUCAAGAUCCCCAUCUCAGCGCUGGUCUCAUUUGUGGAGGCUCUGGAAGUGGGAUACAGCAAACAUAAAAACCCCUACCACAACCUGAUACACGCAGCCGACGUCACACAGACCGUGCACUACCUGCUCCUCAAGACGGGGAUGGUGCACUGGCUGACAGAGUUGGAGAUUUUUGCAAUGCUUUUCGCUGCUGCCGUCCACGACUACGAACACACCGGGACCACAAACAACUUCCACAUCCAGACCAGGUCGGACACGGCCAUCCUGUACAACGACCGCUCUGUGCUGGAGAGUCAUCACGUCAGCGCAGCGUAUCGACUGCUGCAGGACGACGACGAGAUGAACAUCCUGUACAACCUCUCCAAAGAUGACUGGAGAGAGCUCAGGGCGCUCGUGGUCGAGAUGGUUUUGGCCACUGACAUGUCCUGCCACUUCCAGCAGGUCAAAGCCAUGAAGAAUUUCCUCCAGCAGCCCGAGGGAAUUGACAAACCCAAGGCUCUGUCUCUGCUGUUACACACGGCUGACAUCAGUCAUCCAGCCAAGAACUGGGAUCUACACCAUCGCUGGACUACGUCACUGCUGGAGGAGUUUUUCCGACAGGGCGAUAAGGAGGCAGAACUUGGUCUACCUUUCUCACCUUUGUGCGACCGUAAAUCCACUAUGGUGGCUCAGUCCCAGAUCGGUUUCAUUGACUUCAUCGUUGUUCCCACGUUUACGGUUCUGACGGACAUGACCGAGAAGAUCGUCACACCGCUCAUCGAAGAGGCCACAAGUUCAGGCCUGGCUGGUUUCCGCAGCAUUACUACGGGAGAUGCGAAGCAGAGCAGUGUGAACAGCUCUGGUUCUGAUGGCAGUGGAUCUCAUAGCUGCUCGCUGCUCACUGUGGACCUGAAGAACUUCAAGGCCAUCUGGAACGAAGAGGUUUCUCUGAACAGAGAGUGGUGGAAGACGCAGGCAGCUAAAGAGACGGAGGAGAAGGCCAAACGAGAGCAGGAGGAACAGCAGGAGGCAACAGCAGAAAACCAGGAGCACAAAAAAGACCCAGAGCUGUCGGGACCAAAGGAAGACAGGGGGGGAGAGGACGACCCGGAGCCAGGGGGGGUAAAUGGACCCCCAGAAGAAAGUCCCCAUGACAAAUCAAAUAACGAAGAGGCACAUCAGAACUUACAGAACGGAGAAGUGUCUGAAGAGGCAGAAUUACCAGCAGAUGAAGACAAGAGAACACUCGAUGAAAGUGCAAAUGCCUAGAGUGACUUCCAGUGGCGUCUUGAGGUCAGACACAGAGCGGUGAACUUGCCAUCAGGAGAGCACUCGGGUCUGAAGGACCACGGCGCCCUCUAGAGAACACGGCUAAUGCUUAGUGUCCGGCCUCUAUCCCCUCCAAAUCUCCAGACUUUCAUAAGACUGAUCUCUCUGAAUGAUGAAGGGCAAAACGGACGAGAGACAACAGCUGCUUUUGUCUGGUCUGUUUUAUUUACAGAAC